AUGGACGUUCAAGAGCUAAUUGUCCCCGCCACCGGAAGUGUUACGCAGAAUCCCCCUUCUGUGUCCACCCAAGUGGUGAAUGAACCAGUAAAACAGCAGCAGAGUAGACGGCGCAUUGUAUGGACAACUGAAAUGAACAAAAAUAUCAUGCGCUACUUUCGUGUGACGAACCUUGAGAGAGAUACCGCACUAUAUGCAGACAAACUUCAAGAAGCCUUUGUCGCGAUCUACCCCCAUUUGUCUCAUAUACCACAAAAGAGAGCAGCUAUGCAGAAAAAUGUAAUACUAAGGAAUAAUUUGCUACCCGAAGCCGUAGUAGAUAUUUUAAAAGAAGAGGUCGAGAAGGAGCUGCAAGAGAAAAAUGUUGCACUUGAUAGAACUGACAAUCGAGAAACACUCCUAGAACCUGAGACACCUACAAACAAUAGUUCAAAAAAGAAUCAGCCACGAUCUGAACUGCGACAAGAAAAUCCUAUCUUCACAAAAAUGAGUAAUACAUUGGAACAACUUCUUAUUGAGUAUGAUGGCAUAGAUCCGAAAAACAGGCAACUUUUGCCCAAGCUCAAUUAUAAUUCCCAGACGAAUGCACUAAUUUCGACAAUAAACAGAAUUAUCGAAACAAAACCUCUUGCAGAUUAUAAUAUGAUUCAACUUCAUUUACGCAUCUACUGUGCCGCAAGAACAGUCCUUAGUCAGAAUCAGAAGUUGUUUACUAGUCUUUCAGAAACCUCUAAAAAGAUCGCUACGAAACCAAAAUGGCAGCUGCGUCUAGAAAAUAAAAUUAAAAACCUUAGGCGGAAAAUAGGUAUUACCACAGCACUAUCAAACCAUAAACUUACCAAUAUGCAAAAAACCAACAGACAUCCAACAAAAGCUAUAUAUGAAACCACCUACAGAACACAAACACAUAAUAACUGA